AACCCAGAGUUUUCGUUUCGUCCCUCAAUAGCGAUUGAAGGGGAACUCUUCUUCUUCUGGAAGAGCAAUGCAGAGAUUCUGCAGCAAGCUUCGGUCUUUCGCCGUCCAAUCGAAUCAAAACCUCUCUUUUAUCACUGCGCAUCGUCGUCUGCUCCACCACUCUCCGCCGCAGUAUCGCCAACAAACCCUAGGUUUCGCCCGGAGCAAAUGGAGCUUCGUGCCUGCUGCCCAUGACGGUCUUCCGUUGGCGAAUCGAGUUUCUCCGGUGGCUGCUGGGUCCAUGGGUUCUAGCUUGUUGCCUUAUCAUUUUGCUCAAGUACGGAAUAUUACUUCGAAAGAACGGAAAGCAAAGUGGAAGAAGAAGUGGAGACCUAGGACUCCAGUCACAUCGAAAGUCAAGAAAAUAAAGAUCAAGGGUUACUCGUCAUAUAAAGACAGGUUUAAGUUGCUGAACGACGGUACCAUUCGUCGCUGGAGAGAGGGCAAGCGCCACAACGCACACUUGAAGUCGAAGAAAUCGAAGAGGAGACUGAGACAACCGGCACUUGUACCGGCUGCAUAUGCCAAAGUGAUGAAGAAACUCAAUUUCUGCGGUUAAGACAGAAAAAAAUUAUGAAUCAAUCAUCAAAUCUUCUUCCGGGUAAUGGUUUGGUUUGAAGUUUUGAGUUCUUUCCUCAUUUGUUUCAACAUCGAUCGAUACUUAUAAGUAACUUGAUGGCUCACUAUUGAACUUUUGUUAAAUAAACGAUGAAACAAUUUUACAACUCUUUUAUUUGUUUUUGAAGGUGUUUA